GCUGCCUGGACCAUGUUUUUCCUCACGUGCUGUAUGGGAUCCCAUAUGACCAGGGGAGAUCUCCACAAAUGCAAGUGCCUGGAGGUGUGGGGUCCCCCCAUUUCCUGACCUCUUGGUAGAAGCCAGAGGAACAAACAUUAACAAAGAGCAAAUAGGGUGAGAAGAGGCUAAGGAAAUAAGGCAGUUGGGAAUAUUUGUGAAUCUGUAGGUGAGGAAUGAAAGGCUGAAGCAUGCGCCAAGUCCUCAGCUCUCAGGGGAAUGGCAUGCUGUAGGCAUCUACUAAAAUGGAAGUAGAAAAAAUGGCUUGUGAUUCUCUCCUUUUGUUUGAUAUCUUUGUGUGAACCUUUCCAGGUUCCAUUCAGUAUGGUUAAGGUGCACAUGUUACCAGUUUAGGUUAUACUGAAAUACAUUAAUAUGUGGGUUUUUUGUUUUGUUUUGUUUUGUUUGAAGAGAAAUGUUCAGUUCAAAAUCUUACCUUGAUGCACCCCACCCAGUAUCUUCUCUAUACGUAACACUAAUAUAUUUUCCUGACUGUCUUGGCUGGUGUGAGGUUUUUUGUAUCUUUUUCUGGAAAGCUGUUCUGAAAUCAUCCUAUUCUUUUGUUUUGUUUGGACCUAUAUGAAGUCAAGGUGCCUCAUAACUACAGCUGAUCAUUUCCUCCAAUCUAUUAUCUAACUUUUUCAGUCUAUUUGCAUCCUUCUUCUAUUUGAGAAUGUACCUCAGACUCUCUUGCUGUAUGCUGAGAUGCUGCCUUUGCUGCCACAUUGAAGAAAUUAGCCCUCCGUGUUUUUGAAUGAAUUUUCACAGGUUUUGAUGGCCCGCCCCUUCGGUAAUACUGGAUGGUAAUUUCAUCAGAAAUAGUACUGGAAACCAAAUGAGGAUUGAAGUUGUACAGGGCCUUGAAGGUGAGGACAAUAUACAAGAGGUCAUGAAAGGUCCCCAAUUAACUGUCCUGGAAACAGAAGUCCUCCCUUUAGACAACAAGUGCAUGAGCCACAACAUGCUUUGUUACCACACUGCACCUCCCCGUCUUGCCCUGGAGUGGUCACUGACAGUUGAGAAGUUGAUUUUUUUCAGUCGUUUAAUCCUGGCACACUACUAAUAAGCAGUGGUCAAAAUGGAAAUUUUUAGAAGGGAUAACAUAGGGGUGGGGAAGUCCUGACAUGCUGCUUUCUUGUCCCCUUCCCCCUGCAGAAGGAGCUGGUGCACUUUAAUGUGCUGCUACACUACACCAGGGGCGACAGUCAUUUUGACCACUGUUCAUGGCGAUAAAUGCACUAAAAAUGUUAAAAGCCCAUCGCAAUGUAGCGUUAUGUGGUACUCUAUAUUGCAGUAGGCUAACAUUGUCAAUAUAAUACCCAAUAAUUCAUUAUAGGGUUUUAUAUAAAAUAGUAAUGUCAAUCAAAGCAGUAACUGGUAAAUUAUAUUUUUAUGCAGCAUAUGAUGGUCAGUUUUGCUAAUUUGGCUUUUAGGUCCUGCGCAUUACAGCAGCUCACUACUGGAAGCAAUGAUAUCUUAGGCACUCUUUAGAAUGACAACAAUUCAAGAUGCAUCUCUGUUAACAGUUUUCACAUUCUUUAUAGGAUCCAGCAAAUCCCACUGGAAAUAACUACUUGAUCUACUCACUGAAGAUAGAUCCUUAAUUUUUAAAUGAGUACAGUGAUAUACCUAAGUCGAUAUAAAAAUAUUAUUAACAUCAGAAUUUUGACACUUCCAGAUUUUAAUUUUAAGCUUUCCAGGGACCAAAGUGGAUUUUUUAAUUGUGAAAAUGUUAGGUUUUCAAAAGGAAUGGCAAGGCAUUUAUGAAAAUAUCAUUAGACUUCUUAAAUGAUAAAGUGCAGACAUCUGAAGUAUGAAAUGACUCUACCUGCCUCGUUAGUCUUAAUAACCUGUCCAAAAUAAUAAUUAAGUCUAUUUACUCUUGGCAAGAAUUUGCAUUGCAUUAAUUUUUCACACUCCUCAGAAUUAACAUUAAAGGAGAGGCCUGAAGCAUGUGCUUUCACUGACAAAGAUUAGACUAAAUCUUUUGUAAAAUAGAGCUAUUUCAGCAAUAGGAUGCAUGUUUCCUGUGACUACUUAUAUAUUUCUUUUUACUCUGUUCUUCUGCCUUUUUCCACCCUCUUUUCUCUUGCUACUUUUUUUUCUAGAAGCUGUGCUGCUACUAGUCUUUGAGGCAGGAAUAUUAGCGCCCUGCUUAUCACAAUAGACAAGCCUGUAACUAUACAAGUAGUGAUCAACGAUCACCAUCUUGUGGCUGUGUCCAGUAAUGAGUAUAAAGCAUCCUUGGGGUGGGAAAGAAAGAGAGAGGCAUGAUUUGACAGUGCUUAGUAAUAAAAUUAAAGAAUGCAAGGAUGAGAGAGGAGGGCUAUCGGUAAAAUGGCAAAUGAAGAGCAUGCUAUAAAAACAGUGCAAUGAAGGAAUCUAAGAGAAUGAAUAAUAUUUUGGUUUGUUUCCCUUUUUUGGCCAGGUUGAAUAAACAUUUCAGAAUAGAUGGAUUCCCUUGCUGUUUAGAGAGCCUAAGUCUCCCGAACUGUGCUGAAAACAUCUAGAACUGUCAACCAGGCUCAUGUGAUAUCCUCAUGUGAACUGGUGUGGGAUCUGGGAAUGCGGAGUUGUUGUUUUUGGCACAACUCUUGCAGUAGUUAAAGCUUGGCAAGUCCUCCGUGCCGCACACCUCCCCUUCCCUGGGUCCCCCAGGUGCUGAGCCAAGGGGAGGGGGAUGUUUCCCUCUCUUCCCCAGCCUCCAAACUGGACAGCUCCCUGAUGUGCUUUUCCAGGUUGCUUGGUUGAAUUGCAAUCUUCUCCCUUAAACCAUGGCAGGGAAUAGGACAUCAGUCAAGGAGUCAGACUCAGAUUUCUAGUGUGGCAUUUUCACGUCCCUGGUGGCCGGAUCAGCUUGUACAUUAUGCAGCGAGGAGGAGGGGAGAAUAUGGGAACACAGACCGUGUAGCUUCAGGUGACUGUGUACUUAACAGGAACAGUGCAGUUCCUGAUAUGCUCUCCCCUUAUCAUCGUCAUGGCACGCAUUAGUUUCAGCCCAGUGAACGGGACUAGGGAAAGUCAGGUUUCAGGAUGGAUCUAGUUUCAUGUUUCGCUUCAAGCCCAGGUGUACGAGCGGAUCAGAGAAAAGCUUCCCUGCUGUGUGAAGCGUAAAGGACCUGCCACUUUGCUGCAUCACUUUCUGAAAUAAAACAGUGACUGCGAGGGCAGGCAGUCCAACUAGUCUCCUAGCAAAGACAGCAUGUUACUCAGCAGGGAAGUCCUUACAAAGUGGAAGAAUUGUGUUCACUUUGUCUCUCUCUUCCCCCAUUUUUCUCCAUCUCGAAAGGAGUCAUUGGGUUGCACAGCUGCAUUUGAGCUCCCCAGCGGUCACUGGUUGGUAGGUGGGUAAGGGCAAGCAGGCUGAUAUGGCAGGAGCUGUGGCGGCCCCGGGCCCCUUGCUCUCUUGGAGCCUGUACAGGUGCUGAGCUUCGGUCCAGGUUCCCACAUGGGAACUUUGUUGGGUUUUCUUUUAGUUCUUUUGGCUGAUAAUAAUUGCCAGUUAGAUACAGCAGUUCUGCUAUGGGCCUGUAGGAGAGUCGGGUUCUGGGUAUGCAGACUAACUGUGGAGUAGGAUUGAACAGAACCAUUAAUAAAGUAGAUGCAAGUCAGGUCAAAUUACUGCUCCCCCCCUCCUUUUUUUAAAUCAUGCUAAUUCUUAGAAGAAGUUAAGACAUGGAAUGAAGUCAUGAAGUAAGAAAGUCUGGCUCAUGAUUAAUUUGCCCAUGGAUAACUAAGAACUGACUUCUACAGCUGAAGCUUUAAAAAACGCUUGGUAACUAUAUAUGUGAGCAACUGUCUUAUUAUUUAAAGACUGUGUUUGGAUCACCCAUGUUCAGGGUAGAGGCUUUCCGUGACGCAGCAUCCGCUAUGGAACAAGAAAAAGAGAUCCUGUUAGAAAUGAUCCACAAUAUACAGAACAGCCAGGACAUGAGGCACAUCAGUGAAGGUGAGAGAGAAGAACUUAAUUUGACUGCUAAUCGUCUGAUGGGCCGAACCCUCACUGUGGAGGUUUCUGUAGAAACUUUUGAAUCCCUACUGCAUGCCACAAAGAUGAUUGAUGAAAUUGUUAAUAAACUUCUAGAUGAUCUGGAAGAUGCCAAAAUCCGCUUAAUGUCACUUUAUGGUGCGUGUACCUCUGAUGUGCCAGCAGGACCCAUCGAUCAGAAAUUUCAGUCUGUUGUAAUUGGAUGUGCUAUUGAGGAUCAGAAGAAAAUCAAGAGAAGGCUAGAGACUCUGCUCAGAAACUUGGAAAAUUCUGAAAAGUCAAUCACAUUGUUAGAACAUCAGAAAUCAUCUGUUCGACAGUCUUGCAACAGCAAACAGGAUUAAACCAUCCUCAUGUUUACUUUUGUCAAAUCACCAAAUAAAAAUUACUUUUUACAGAUACGUGCAUAUGCACGCACGCAUGCACACACCAAAGUAUCUCUGAUUGUGAGGUGCAAGCAUUUAAUGGGUUUUGGUAGUAUUAGCAUUCUUUAUUGCCGAAAUAAAACGCCAUCAAGGUUUCUCCUGUAGAGUUGAUACUGCUACUGCAAAUUUUAAUGUGCUUCUGCCAAACUGUCAAAAGCUGGCCUUUCUUUUAUUCUUUUUUUUUUUUAACUGAAGUUGUUUUUGUCAUAUACUAAAAUGUCACCUAUCACAGCUUUUCUCUGCUGUAUACAUGGUAUGGGAAACAUGUUAGGGGCAAAAAGACAAGUCAUUGCAAUAAACCCCUAAAAGUUA